AUGCCAGAGAUCAGAGACAUGUGCUUGUUCGUCGUUUUCCUUGUCGUAGUCACAGCGGUUCCUUUGGACCGUAAGGACGAAGAUGGGGCCAUUAAGAAGAUAUCUAAAGUAAACGAAGAAGAGAAAGUGAAAGUUGGAGCCAGAAUUAACAAAUGUGUCGAUCUUUUGAAACUUGUCCUCGUCGAAGGUAGUUCUGUCUCAAGUGCUGGAUAUUUAAAGAGAACGGUACAUGGUUCAGGUCAGGACGUGUUGAAGACCCAGAAGAGGAGAUUCAGAAGGGAUGGUGGUGUGGAUUUGAAGACGAAUGACCGCAGCCAAACUGACAGUCAUACAGCGCACGACGUUAACCCAGAUGACGAGAUGGCUGAUGCGAGAUUCGAUAAGUUAAAACACGCCAAAGAGAUCAUCUGGAAGCACCACGGAGUGAUGAACACGGAAAUAAAGAACCCGCCAGUUACUCGUUUUCUGCUGAAGAAACUCGCGCAAGCUCACGCUAGGUUGUUUCACCAUUUUCAGACCAAUAUUUCACUGCCUCGCGAACAAGAUUUAGGAAACAGGAAUCACAGAGCAGACGGAAGGAAACCCAAAUUCACUGGCAUGACAGACAGCAACAUAGAACAACUGGAGUGUCGCUAUCUUAAGUUUUACCACAAACGGUGGGUUCUGAUGAUCGCCAGCUGUCCCCGCGCCUACGCCAAUAAAACGUUGAGGCAUCAGUGCGAACACACGCCUCUGGACGAUGACGAUAACCAGGUAGAAGUUGGCUCCAUCCCCGUACAGCUGGAGAACGGAUUAGUUUAUCGAAACCUCUUCUGUGCCCUCUGCAACGGGAUCAGGAACAUCGAGGCCUGGGACGUGAACCUCAUGUGCACUGGAGUCCCGCCACUCCAUUUCGUGAAUGGGGGUGCCGGGUUCACGCUGCUGGGGGAAAAGGACGACGGACGCUACCACUGCCGGAAGACCUUGGUUCCUAUUCUCAAAGACAAGGUGCAGCUGUGUCAGAUCACCAAGCGACGCAGUUACCGGCCUUUUGCUCUGGACAACGAGCUGGGCGGACAGCCAACAGAGACGAUCGCCUACCCAGUGUCCUUCUCCAUUCUCAUGAACUUCGGUUUUGACGGGAAGGCCCACAUCUUGUUCAGCACCACCUACAAGGAAGUGGGUUACAGCGAGCAGGCGCACAGGUGCCCGGAAACCCAGGUGUACAAUCCUGAUUUCAACAUCUGUCAGCACGUUGUGUGUCCCGCUGGCUACGUCUUCUACGACCUGUCGUGUAAUCCCGACUCCUCGGUCCAGGCCAAACCGUCCAUGUCGCUCGAGGAGGAGCUGAGGGAGCUGGACAAACCAGAGAUCAUCAAACUGAGGGCGAACGUCUCCGAGAACGAGCUGGACGACUUGAAAGACGGGGUGUACCAGAACUUCAUCAAAGAGAGCAUGUGCGACUUUCUGAACAUUACGUGCGAUCGCAUCAAAAACUUCACCUUGGCGCCUCUGCUCGAUGAUAUGGACACGAAGGAAUACUCCGGUAUCGUUGGAUCCGGAACAAAGUCUUUAGGAAACGUGUCCCCUUUUGAAACUCGACACAGACUACCUCAGAAUGCUCAGGAUGCCAGUGAAACACCGAAAACACGAGAAGAUGACAUAACCAUGACAACUACACCAACAUCCACACCAGCUAUUUCCGGUGUACCGUCUGCCACAAGUACACCAGCGUCAACACUAGCUACUUCCGGUGUACUUCCCACCUUCAUAAGUAUACCUACAUCCACACCAGCUACUUCCGGUAUACCGCCCACCACCAUAAGCAUACCAACAUCCGCUACUUCCGGUGUAUCGCCCACCACCACAGGUAUACCCACAUCCACACCAGUUACUUCUGGUGUACCACCCUCCUUGAGAACUAAACGAACACCCACAUCAAAACAAACGACCGCUGUUAGGAAGAGAAAUAAGCCGUCGGGCAACCGGACGGUGGUCGUGGAGAUUCGCUUCGUGCUGAUGCCGCUCGAGAAGGACAUCGGCCGCGGCGAGGGCUUCGUCAGCAACGUCACGCAGCGGAUGAAGGAGCGCAUCGAGCAGCACAAGUUCACGCUGUCGCUGAACGGAACCCAGCUGCGCGUGCUCACCAUGGACCAGGUGUCGUCCGUCGUCCAGAUGGACACGUUCUGCACGCGCGGCAUCAAGCAGAUGUACUUUGACGACGAGUUCGAGAUGCUGACGUUGCCCAAGGACAACGACACCGUCGACGUCGUGUACGUCAACAGCACGAAGACCAAGUACUGGCCGGGCAUGUACGAUCUGACCGUCCUCGUCGCCGGCAACGUGAUGGCGACGCCCAACAUCACUCACAAGAGCAAGUACGUGUUCGUGUGCGUCAUGCCCAGGAUCGCCAACUCCAGCUGCGGCAGGCUGAACUUCACGCACAAGGACUACACCCUCCUGCCCAACAAGUCCAUCGCCAUGUCCAACAGACUCUAUUCCAUGGACGAGUACUACUUCAUCGACGACAGACUCAACAACAUCGAAAUCUGCAUUCCCGAGGAGUUCUACAGCCACCGAGAACCUAACGUGCGGGUUGUCCACGCCUGCGACAAAGGGUACGAGUUCUUCCAGAAGGCGGAGGGCUACUUGACGGCCGUUCUGGGACGCCUGUCCAUAGUUGCUAUGACAACAGUGCUACUGACGUACAUCCUGAUCAAAAAGUUGCGCAACCUUCCCGGAGUCAAUACCAUGAACCUGACCUUCGCAAUCCUGGCGGGGCAGGUGAUAUUCAUACUGGGGGAGAACUCGGAAUUGCAGUGGCUGUGCAGUUUGGUGGCGGUGUCCCUGCACUACUUCAUUCUUGCUUCGUUUUUCUGGAUGAACGUCAUGACGUUCGACCUCUUCAAGACGUUUGCCAACAAGUGUAUCCUUACUCAGAUCCGCAGCAAGAGCAAGUUCAUGUGGAGAUACUCGCUCUACGCCUGGGGGUCGCCCUUAGUUAUCGUCUUAAUAUGCGCUUUCGUCGACUUCUCUGGACUCGUUGAAGGAUUUCAAAUCGGCUAUGGAGGGAUAGUAAGGGAAACCAAUGUGACAGACAUACCAAACGAAUCGCUAAUGGACAGACAGAACGACAGUCUUCAUCCUGUUCUCAAUAACACAGACUCGCACACGAAACCCAAGGAUACAAAAAACCUCGGCUGUUGGAUUCAAAACCCCGUGGCGACUCUGAUCGUCUUUGGCGGGCCGCUGUUAACGAUAUUUAUUGUCAACGGGUUUCUGUUCGUCUGCACCAUCUUGUGCAUACAGGAAACUGCGCGGCUGGCCCACAUCAACACCCGCCGAUCCUCCAUGAGUCACAUGACCGGAAGGUACCACGUCAUGUUGUAUGUGCGCAUGUCCACCGUCAUGGGAUUCACGUGGAUCUUUGGACUAGCUUCGUCAAUAGUGAGCGGGUCUAAAGCCCCACCCUCCGAACCCAUCUGCUACACCGUGCACGCCCUGGGUAUCUUGUUCACUUUGUUCAACUGCUCUCAAGGGCUGUUCAUUCUGUUUGCGUUCGUGGCUAAACGUCGAGUGUUCUACAUGUACAAGGAUCUGUCGAGAGGGCUGGUGCAUCAAUUCAAGAGGUGGAAGGUAGGAAACAACAAGAAUGUGUUCGGCAGGCCGUCCUCUACAAGCUCUGCGUCUAGCUCUACUACAAGCAUUUCUCACAUUACGUGA